CCCGCCCUCGCCAACAUGGCGGCGCCCAGUUGGGGCACGUCAGAUUGCUUUAAGUUUUGGCUGGGGUUGGGGUCUGGGCUUUAGGCAGCAAGUGGGACCAGCGCUCGGGUCCGAGAGGGACGUGGGAAACUAGGGACGGUGGUGUGGCGCUGCCUGACUAAGGCGAGCGAAGAGCGGCCCGGGCCUGUCCGGGGUCGAGGCGCGCUCCUGAAUCGGGUCGGUGAUUGCGGGCCGCGGGGACUUGCGCCCGGUUGUGGGCCUGCGUCCCGUGCAGGGCUGGAGGGCAGGAACGCCCGAACCUCGGUCGUGGAUUGAGGGAGUCGGGAAUCCAGACUUUGACCUCCGAGGCCAGACCCUCGAGUUCCACUUCUUGUAUUUUUCUUCUGAGGAAUGAGUUGAAAAGGAUAAUUGUCCUCCGGGUUUCCCGUCUCUUGGAAACGGCUAGGAUAGUAUUUAGUUUCACAAUGUUUGGGGACCUAUUUGAAGAGGAUUAUUCCAGUGUGUCAAAUAAUCAGUAUGGAAAAGGGAAGAAAUUAAAGAAUAAAGCUUUGGAGCCACCUGCUCCCAGAGAAUUCACCAAUUUAAGUGGAAUCAGAAAUCAGGGUGGAACCUGUUACCUCAAUUCCCUUCUUCAGACUCUUCAUUUCACACCUGAAUUCAGAGAAGCUUUAUUUUCUCUUGGCCCAGAAGAACUUGGUUUUUUAGAGGAUAAGGAUAAACCAGAUGCAAAGGUUCGAAUCAUACCUUUGCAGUUGCAGCGCUUGUUUGCUCAGCUUUUGCUGUUAGACCAGGAAGCUGCAUCCACAGUGGAGCUCACCAACAGCUUCGGGUGGACUAGCGAUGAGGAAAUGAGACAACAUGAUGUGCAGGAACUGAAUCGAAUUCUCUUCAGUGCUUUGGAAACUUCUUUGGUUGGGACCUCUGGCCAUGACCUCAUCAAUCGUCUGUAUCAUGGAACCAUUGUUAACCAGGUUGUUUGCAACGAAUGUAAGAACAUCAGUGAGAAGCAGGAAGACUUCUUAGAUCUAACAGUAGCAGUCAAAAACGUAUCUGGUUUGGAAGAUGCACUCUGGAACAUGUAUGUAGAAGAGGAAGUUUUUGACUAUGACAACUUGUACCAUUGUGGAACUUGUGACCGGCUGGUUAAAGCAGCAAAGUCGGCCAAAUUGCGCAAGUUGCCUCCUUUUCUUACUGUCUCAUUACUAAGAUUUAAUUUUGAUUUUGUGAAGUGUGAACGCUACAAGGAAACUAGCAGUUACACGUUUCCUCUCCGGAUCAAUCUCAAGCCUUUUUGUGAGCAGAGUGAAUUAGAUGAUUUAGAAUAUAUAUAUGACCUCUUCUCAGUCAUUAUACACAAAGGUGGCUGCUACGGAGGACAUUAUCAUGUAUAUAUUAAAGAUGUUGAUCAUCUGGGAAACUGGCAAUUUAAACAGGAAGAAAGUAAGCCAGAUGUGAAUUUGAAAACUCUUCAAAAUGAAGAGGAGRUUGAUGAUCCAUUGGUGAUACUACAAGCAGUAAUAUUACAGGAGGAGAAUAAUCUAAUAUCUGUUGAUCAACUGGGCCAGAAACUGUUGAAAAAAAUGGGAAUAUCUUGGAACAAGAAGUACAGAAAACAUCAUGGGCCACUGAGAAAGUUCUUACAGCUGCAUUCUCAGAUGUUCCUUCUAAGUUCAGAUGGAAGCACAGUUAGUCUACUGAAGAAAGAUCCUGUCCAGUCUGACUUCCAAAGUACUGAUCAACAGAGUUUCCACUCGCUGGCUUUAGAAGCCCCAGGAUUAAGUGAUAGCACUGCCUGUUCCCACUGGUUUGAUAUAAAUGACUCUAAAGUUCAACCAAUCCAGGAGAAAGAUAUCGAACAGCAAUUUCAGGGCAAAGAAAGCGCCUACAUGUUGUUUUAUCGGAAAUCCCAGUUGCAGAGACCCCCUGAAGCUCUAGCUAACCCAAGAUACAGGGUCCCCUGUCACCUGCUGAAAGAAAUGGAUGCAGCCAACAUUGAACUGAAAGUGAAAAGGGCAGAAUGUGAUUCUGCAAACAAUGAUUUUGAAUUGCAUCUUCACCUGGGCCCUCAUUAUCGGUUCUUCAAUGGGGCUCUGCACCCAGUAACCUCUCAGGCAGAAAGUGUGUGGGAUUUGACCUUUGACAAAAGAAAAACUUUAGGAGAUCUCCGACAGUCAAUAUUUCAGCGCUGUGCACUGCCGCACAGUCGGGCUUUGUCCUGGCUAGUCCUGCCACCAUGCUUGCAAAGAGAUGAACUGUCGCUGUGUGAAGUUGACAUUGCUGAUGGGGAAGACAUCUUUGUAUGGAAUGGAAUGGAGGUUGGAGGAGUCCAGAUUGAGACUGGGAUUGACUGUGAGCCUCUGCUGUUAAACAUUCUUCAUCUGGAGUCAAGUGGUGAAGGCAAGAAGCGUGGGCGACUGAUAGAAUCGCCACAUGUCUUUCCUGCUAAUGCGGAAGUGGGUACUGUGUUCACAGCUGCGGCCAUCCCAGCAGGCAUCAUCCUUGUGAACAGCGCCGGGUCUGCAGAUGAAGAGAGCUGGACCACUGUGCCCGAGGAAGACAUGAAGAAGACGUUCAGAGAGCAGGGGCUCAGAAACGGAAGCUCCAUUCUAGUUCAGCCUCCUAAUAGUGAGGAUAGGAGUGUGUUGCCCAAAGAAGGGAAGUGGAUGAAUGGUAUGAAUGAGAUCGACUGGAUCCAGGUUAAAAAUUUAUGCCAGCUAGAAUCUGAAGAAAAGCAAGUUAAAAUAUCAGCAACUGUUCACACAGUGGUGUUUGAUAUUCGAAUUAAAGCCAUAAAGGAAUUAAAAUUAAUGAAGGAACUAGCUGAGAACAGCUGUUUGAGACCUAUUGAUAGAAACGGGAAGCUCCUUUGUCCAGUGCCAGACGGUUCCACUUUGAAGGAAGCAGAAGUGAAGAUGGGGAGUUCUUUGGGACUGUGUCUUGGAAAAGCACCAACUUCCUCUCAGCUGUUCCUGUUUUUUGCUUGGGGGACUAAUAUUCAACCUGGGACAGAGAUGGAGGUCAUAGUAGAAGAAACAUUGUCUGUGAAAGAUUGUUUAAAGAUAAUGCUUGAGAAAUCUAGUCUGCCAGGAGAUGCGUGGCAUUUAAGAAAAAUGGACUGGUGCUAUGAAGCUGGGGAGCCAUUAUGUGGAGAAGAUGCAACAUUGCAAGAGCUUAGGAUAUGUUCUGGAGACACAUUGCUUUUAAUUGAAGGAAAACUUCCUCUUCCGGGUUUCCUGAAGGUGCCCAUCUGGUGGUACCAGCCUCGUGGUCACUCAGGACACUGGGAGAGUCAAGACCAGCCUUGUACCUCUUCUCAAGGCAAUGGCUGGAGAGCUGCUAGUACCCAAGGUGCCCCUGGCCAUGUGGCUGCGGAAGUUUCUCUCGUCUACUUGGGAGACAUGGAUAUCUCAGAAGAUGCUGCUUUGGUGGACCUGAAGUCUCAGGCCAGAGCCUUAACCUCUUCCUCAGAGCUUGCCGUCCCUGCCCCAGCCCUCCUCAGAGCCUGGACGGUGGAGAGCAGGCGCCCUGGCAGGCUCUUACGCACUGACCGGCAGCGGCUCAAGGAAUAUAAACUAGGACGGAGACCCGAGAUCUGCCUGGAGCCCCUUCAGGAGGAGGAGCAGCUGGGCCCCCAGGACGUACUGCUGAGGACGCAGAUGCGCAUCCCUGAGGAGAGGGCCUACGCCCCUGCUGUGGACUUGGUGUGGGACACCUCCCGAGGCUGGACCACUGGCUCCCUGAGGCAGAGAGUGGCCGAUUUCUAUUCUCUUCCUGUGGAGAAAAUUGAAAUUGCCAAAUACUUCCCUGAAAAAUUUGACUGGCUUCCUAUAUCUAGCUGGAACCAGCAAAUUACCAAGAGGAAAAAGAAGAAAAAGCAAGAUACUUUGCAAGGGGCACCCUAUUACUUGAAAGAUGGAGACACUAUUGGUGUUAAGAACCUUCUGGUCGAUGACAGUGACGACUUCAGCACAGCCAGAGACGAUGCUGAGAAAGAGAAGCAGGAGCUGCUACCUCGGGGGAAGAGGGACAGCCAAGAAGUCCUUUGUGCACAGAGCAGUGAUGUCUCCAGUGCAGGGACACCUGCCCGGCCCCGAGGACCAGAAGCUUCUCUGUCUAUUCACGUUGGGAGCUUCAGAUAGCGCUUGCAACAGGAUGUGUCCCAGCACAAUGCCCAGGCUCUGCACAAAGCCAGCUAACCAUCAAUGCCUUAGAAGCAGGAGAG